UUCCCAGCGCCUUGCAAAGAUGGAGGUUGUAAGAGGGCUCUUGUCUUUGGCUCUUUUAAUUGCCUCAUGUUUGGCAGAGGUGAACUCGACUGAGGAUGAAGGCAAAUCAAACUGCAGCGCCAGUCUGGGAGGUGCCAAUAUAGCAGAGAACCACAAAGCCCUGGUCCUUCAACUCAACCCCAGUGAGAACUGCACAUGGACAAUAGAAAGACCAGAAAAUGAAAGCAUCAGAAUCAUCUUUUCCCAAAUCCAGCUUGAUCCAGAUGGAAGUUGUCAAAGUGAAAACAUUAAAGUCUUUGAUGGAACCUCUACCGAUGGGCCUCUGCUAGGGAAAGUCUGCAAUGAAAAUGACUUUGUUCCUGUAUUUGAAUCAUCAUUCAAUACACUGACAUUUCAAAUAGUCACUGACUCUGCAACAGUUCAAAGAAGUGUCUUUACCUUCUACUACUACUUCUCAUCUGACAUCUCUAUUCCAAACUGUGGCGGUUACUUGGACACUUUGGAAGGAUCUUUCACCAGCCCCAAUUACCCAAAGCCCCAUCCUGAGCUGGCUUAUUGUGUGUGGCACAUACAAGUGGAGAAAGGUUACAAGAUAAAAUUAAACUUCACAGAGAUUUUCCUAGAAAUAGACAAGCACUGCAGAUUCGACUUUGUUGCUGUCUAUGAUGGCUCCUCCACCACCUCUGGCCUGAUUGGAAAAGUCUGUGGCCGCGUAACACCCACCUUUGAGUCUUCGUCAGACUCUUUGACUGUUGUGUUAUCUACAGAUUAUGCCAAUUCCUACCGGGGCUUUUCUGCUUCCUACACUUCAAUUUAUACAGAAAACGUCAACACUACGUCUUUAACUUGCUCUUCUGACAAGAUGAGAGUUAUCAUAAAUAAAUCCUACCUAGAGUCCUUUAACUAUAAUGAGAAUGACUUACAACUAACUGACUCAACUUGCAGACCCAAAUUAUCCAAUGUUGUGGAUUUUUCUAUCCCUUUUGAUGGAUGUGGUACAAUCAAAAAGGUAGAAGAUCAGUCAAUUAUUUAUACCAAUAUAAUCACCUUUUCUGCAUCUCCACCUUCUGAAGUGAUCACCCGUAAGAAACAACUCCAGAUUAUUGUGAAAUGUGAAAUGGAACAUAAUUCUACUGUGGAGAUAACAUACAUAACAGAAGAUGAUAUAAUACAAAAUCAAAAUGCACUGGGAAAAUAUAACACAACUAUGGCUCUUUUUGAAUCUGAUUCAUUUGAAAAGACUAUACUUGAGUCACCAUAUUAUGUGGAUUUGAACCAAACUCUUUAUGUUCAAGUCAGUUUGCACAACUCAGAUCCAAAUUUGGUGGUUUUUCUUGAUAGCUGUAGAGCCUCUCCCACCUCUGACUUUGCAUCUCCAACCUAUGACUUAAUCAAGAGUGGAUGUAGUCGAGAUGAGACUUGUAAGGUGUAUCCCUUAUUUGGACACUAUGGAAGAUUCCAGUUUAAUGCUUUUAAAUUCUUGAGAAGUCUGAGCUCUGUGUAUCUGCAGUGUAAAAUUUUGAUAUGUGAUAGUAGUGACGACCAGUCUCGCUGCAAUCAAGGCUGUCUCUCUAGAAGGAAACGAGACAUUUCUUCAUACAAGUGGAAGACUGAUUCCAUCAUAGGACCCAUUCGUCUGAAAAGGGAUCGCAGUGCAAGUGGUAAUUCAGGGUUUCAGCAUCAAACACAUGCAGAGGAAACUCAGAACCAGCCAUUCAACAAUCUGCAUCUAUUUUCAUUCAUGGUUCUAGCUCUGAAUGUGGUGAUUAUGGUCACAGUCAUAGCGAGGCAUUUUGUAAAUCAACGGGCAAACUACAAAUACCAGAAGCUGCAGGACCAUUAGCUGAUCAGUGCAGCCCUAAGUUAUUUCUUCUGGAUGCCAAAGGACGUGGUACCUCGUGGCUAUAUACGUUAUGAAUAAAUUAGAAAAGGUGUGAAAAAGUGAUACACAAACCU